AUGGUACGCUUCAUAUAUGCCAGCCUGUUGGCGGUUGCCUUCUCUCAGCUCUCCCACGCUGCCACCAACAAUACGAUUAACUCGCAGCUUCGUCUCGCUUAUGCAGGUAACACUGGGAUGUAUGUCAGCUGGAACACCUUUGAGAAAUUGGAUAAUCCAACGGUUCAUUACGGCCUGGUCCCCAAUGACCUGAAUAUGACGGCAUCGUCCAAGGUUUCUGUCACCUAUCCGACUUCCUUGACGUACAACAACCAUGUGAAAAUCACGGGCCUGAAGCCAGAUACGCUCUACUAUUACCUUCCAGAACAUCUGCUCCACAUGCAAUCACACUGUCCAUACAAUUUUACCACUAGUCGACCAGCUGGACAGCCAGAAGCAUUUUCCGUUGCUGUGGUUGUUGACUUGGGCACCAUGGGAGCCCAGGGUCUGACAACCUAUGCUGGCACCGGCGUCUCUGUCAACAACACCCUCUCUCCAGGUGAAAUUAACACUAUCCAAUCCCUGGAAAAGUCCAAGAGCGGAUUUGAUUUCGUCUGGCAUCCCGGUGACAUUGCCUACGCAGACUAUUGGCUGAAAGAAGAGAUUCAGGGCUUUUUAAGCAACACUACCACCGCUGAAGGAUUCCACGUGUAUGAGUCGAUUCUCAACGACUUCUACGACGAAAUGACCCCAAUUACUGCCUUUAAACCAUACAUGGUCGGCCCGGGUAAUCACGAAGCCAAUUGCGACAAUGGCGGUACCACCGACAAAGCUAAGAACAUAACGUACGACGUGAGCAUCUGCAUCCCUGGCCAGACCAACUUUACAGGCUAUCGCAACCACUUUCGUAUGCCGAGCGCCGAAUCUGGUGGCACGGGCAAUUUCUGGUACUCGUUCAACCACGGCAUGACCCACUUCGUCCAGGUUGACACCGAGACGGACCUAGGCCAUGGCUUCACAGCUCCCGAUGAACCUGGCGGGGUCGAGGGUGAAGACAGUGGGCCCUUCAACACCACGUUGGAUGCCCAGACCAAAUGGCUCGAGGCCGAUCUUGCCGGAGUUAACCGCACCGAAACCCCCUGGGUGAUUGUCGCCGGCCAUCGUCCUUGGUACUUGAGUCAUGCCAAUGCGAGCGGCACCAUCUGCUGGACAUGCAAAGAUGUCUUUGAGCCUUUGUAUAUCAAAUACGGCGUCGAUCUAGUUCUCUCCGGCCAUGCACACGUCUAUGAGAGACAGAAUCCACUGGCCAAUGGAAUCAUCGACCCGGCUGGCCUGAACAACCCUAAAUCCCCGUGGUACAUCACCAACGGUGCUGCAGGGCACUACGAUGGACUCGAUGCCCUCCAAUAUCCGUUACAAGAUUACUCUCGAUUUGGCCUAGACACACUCAACAAAACCUAUGGAUGGAGUCGACUUACAUUUCACAACUACACGCAUUUGACGCACGAGUUUGUCGCGAGCAAAUCUGGCGAGGUGCUAGAUGAGGCUACCCUGUACGGAGAAGUGCACCAAAUGUAG